CACCACACAGAAUAAGGAGCGUGACUCCUCCAUGUUUCUGAUCCUGGAUGCGGUCUUGAAGAUCAUGGAGCAGCUGGUAGAUGUGAUGCUGCGGAGGCUGCUGGAUAAUGAGGUCUGGAGCCAGAUGUGCAGGAGCCAAGCCAGAUCACCAAGAGAACUCUUCUGACUUGAUUAAACUAAAAGUCUACCUACUACACACUACCAUCCUGUUCAACCUUGCCUCACAACCACCAUUCUGCUGUCUCUGUGGAAUCAGCUGGAUCCCUCACGCUACCAAGAAAGGAGAAGCUGCACACUGUGGUGGACUGCUCCUCUGGACGCCUUUCAGUCAGUUCCACACUACAGGAUGCAUGAUUUCCUCUGACAGCUCCACCUGCUUUGCCUGCAGAGAAGAUGGCUGCUACAAUGUUGUCCUUCCGCUCAGAGAGGUAGUGAGCAUGGAGAAGAUGGAGGACACCAGUCUGCUGCCCAGCCCCAUCCUCAUCAGCAUCAGGAGCAAGAUGGCCUUCCAGUUCAUCGAGCUCAAGGAUAGAGAGACCUUGGAAGAGACCCUGCUUGAGAGACUGAAGCAGGUCCACGCCAACCAUCCUGUGCACUAUGACACCUCAACCAAUGACAAGGACAUGGGCUGGACACACAUCACCUGUUUUGUACUUGACAAGCAGGUGCAGUGACCACAAGUUUGGGGAUCUUGAAAUGGUGUCUUGUCACAGCAGCAAGGAGCGUGAAGACAAGAGCCCACCUCUGCACCCCGGACACCUGACCGUGGUCCUCCAGCCUUUGGGCAGCCAGAACCCUGACUCCCACCUGGUUGUUGAAGCUACUCCUUCCCUGGUGUGCCAUGGACACUGGAGGCUGGGCAAUGACCAUGGAGGGUGUGGCACCUGAGCACCAGCUCCUCCACCUGGGUGGAGAGUUGGCCAUGGAUCUUGGACAGCAAGGGCUCUAUUGAGGACUCAGCAGAAGGGGAGCCGGCCUUUCCCCUGUCCGUUAGUGGCUCU